AACAAUAUUUUUUAAAAAAAAAGGGAAAGGAAAAGGGAAGGUGGAGAGACCACAAUAAUUGGGCAUCAAAUGCUGAUGGGGAUCCCCACUGUUGCUGAAUUCCAAGAUAUGGCCACCGUUCCUGAAUUCCAAGAUCUGUAUCCAUCACCAUCCCUUAUUAUUAUUCUAUUAAUGCACUGCAACAUUAAUUUAUGCUCCCUUUUUCUUACCACCGGAAAAACCCCCCUGUAAAACCUUCCUUCUUUUUUCUGGUUUCAUAAUUUCUGAUAUCGUAUGCUGUCUUCUCGUUCCAAUCAAUCCAUUUUAUUUUUAAAGAAAUGAUUUCACGAUGGGGUAAAGUGUGAUAGUUAUAAUUCAAUUGAUAUUAUUUAAAGUUCUCGAAUUUAAGUAUUAUCUUGAAUAAUAAAAGAAUAAAUAAAUAUAGUAUAACACGUACGUGUUGUUGUUGGAGUGGAAGGUGGUGAGGAGAGGGAGGAGGGAGGGAGGGGGGAGAAAAGGGAGAAGGCAAUAAAAUAGAAUAGAAGGCAAAGAACCAAUUAGGGCUUCGUCGGAAAAGUAAGCCCUCAAAAAGGGUUCCAUUUGCGAGAUUCUUCUUAUAUCUCGGGCUCAAUUUUCAAUUUCGUUUGGUUCUUCAACUGAAAACGUUAGUUGAAGCAGCUGUUUUGAUAGUGAAUUGCGAUUCGGGGGUGUUUUGAUUCUUGAUCGGCGCUCAAUUAGUUUGGACGUGACGAUGAAGGUUGUUUGAAGCCCAAAAAAGAAGAAGAAGAGGAAGAGGAAAUGGCUGCAAAGUCUAACACAGGGUUUCACCUAGAGGGGACCUUAGGUUCUGCUCUUAAUCGGCACGCAAUUUCUUUUCAAUCUGGCGCUAUAAACAGUGGCUGCACAACGGAUAUGAUUCCCAUGGGGAUGGGGUCGUACUUUGGGAUUAAUACUAGUACUACUAGUAGUAGCUUGAUGUUGCCUGGGAGUUUCGGCUUGAUUGGUAAUAAUAACAGUCCUGGUGGUAGUGGAAGUGGUGGAAUUGUUCAAGCUCAAGCUGGGAAUUCUUCUGCCUCUUCUUCGUUGCUUCUUGAUUCCGUUCCUGGCUUAAAGCAUGAUGCUGGCUUGGCUGUUGAGUGGUCCGUCGAGGAGCAGUACAAACUGGAGGAAGGCCUUCAAAAAUAUGCUGGUGAACCAAGUAUUCUGAGAUACAUAAAGAUUGCAGCCAUGCUCCGUGAUAAAACUGUUCGUGAUGUUGCGUUGAGGUGUAGAUGGAUGACGAGAAAGCGAAGGAAGGCAGAAGAUUAUAACAUGGGAAAGAAGAUCAACAGCAGGAAGGAUAAGCUGGUGGAAUCAUCCUCGAAGAUGAACAUGACUGCAGGUUUACUGCAGAAUGUGGCUUCAUAUCCUCUAAUGAUGCACCAUACAGACCAAAGUGAACUGCCCUUUGAAGGAAUUAGUGGGACGACCAGACUCUUGGACCAGAAUGCUCAAGCUUUUAGUCAGAUAUCAGCUAACCUUUCUACAUUAAUGUUGCAGGAUAACAUUGUCUUCUUUUGUUCCACAAGGAACAAUAUCACUGCCAUCCUGAACGAUAUGAGAGAGAUGCCUGGAAUAAUGAGCCGGAUGCCACCACUGCCUGUGUCCAUUGAUGAGGAUCUUGCAAAUAGUAUAUUGCCCAAUACAAUUCAGUCAAUGAUGUUUGGAUCGCCUUCUGGAAUACAACUGAAGCAGGAACCAAGGUGCUGAUGGAGAAUCCAUGAGAGGCUGAUUUGGAUUUUAUCUGGUCUGUGCAAGUACAGAAAUCUCACUACUGUAUAUGCUGAGCAGAUGGUAGGAGGCCAUUCUUCCUUUUGUGUACACACUCAUCACAAUUAUGGGUCCCACAGUGGAAAAAUUUGUAGAGAUCCCAUUUUUGGAACCUGAAAUGCUUACCUCACCAGAUGUCAAACUCAAGAACCUGAUAAUAAGAACACACCAGCUGUCCGUUGCUCCUUGGCGCCUGGGAGAGAAUUUCUAACCUGAUCACUGUUAUUUGUAUGAAUUUUGAGUUAAAAGUUUCUUGUGUACAAAUUCAUGAGAUAAGAGAGCCUUGGAGUGGAAUAUUUGGUGCUUAAAUUAUGACUAUUUUUUAGCACGUUAUGCUGCUGGGAUCCAUCAUGCACCCAAUUAGACCGAUAAAUGAUCCUUGAUCACGUUGCUCUUCUUUUUCUUUAACAAGAUUUGAAGUGGUUCUUCUCAA